UACUCACCGCUACCGGGCGGGUCGACGCUCGUCCGCCGCGUCCGCCAUGGAUAUCAGCGACCUCUUCUCCAGCUGCAGGAAGGGGGACGUGGGCCGAGUGCGGUACCUGCUGGAGCAGCGAGAUGUGGAUGUGAAUGUAUGGGACAAGUGGGAUAGCACCCCCUUGUACUAUGCCUGUCUAUGUGGACACGAAGAGCUGGUACUCUACCUUCUGGCCAAUGGAGCCCGCUGUGAGGCCAGCACCUUCCAGGGUGAACGCUGCUUCUAUGGGGCUGCAAGUGAUACCAUCCGCCGGGCCCUGAAGGAUUAUAAGCAAGUGACAGCCUCCUGCAGGAGGCGGGACUACUAUGAGGACUUUCUGCAGCGGCUUCUGGAUCAAGGCAUCUACAGCGACGUGCUCUUUGUGGUGCACGGGAAGCCCUUCCAGGCCCAUCGCUGCAUUCUGGGUGCACGCAGCACCUACUUUGCCAACAUGCUGGACACCAAAUGGAAGGGCAAGAACAUCGUGGUCCUCAAGCACCCACUGAUCAAUCCUGUGGCCUUUGGGGCCCUACUGCAGUACCUGUAUACAGGUGGCCUGGAAGUCGGUGUGGAACACAUCAGUGACUGUGAGCGCCUGGCCAAGCAGUGCCAGUUACUGGAUCUGCUCAAUGACCUGGAGGCCAAAUGCAAGGAAGUGUCUGAGUUCGUGGCAUCCAAGCCAGGCACUCAGGUGAAGGUGCUCAGCAUCAGGCCCCCCUCAGAGGACCCCCGGCUACAGGAAGACCUGGCCCUAUUGGCCGACUGUGCCCUGCCCCCUGAGCUCCGAGGUGAUCUUGGGGAGCUGCCCUUCCCUUUCCCUGAUGGCUUCUACAUCUGUCCUGAUGUUUGUUUCCAAGUGGAGGGUUGCAGCUUCCUCUGCCACAAGGCCUUCUUCUGUGGCCGCAGUGACUACUUCCGGGCCCUGCUGGAUGACCACUUCAGAGAGAAUGAAGGGCUUGAGGCCUCUGGCGGCCUCCCAGCCAUCACCCUGCAUGACCUCUCGCCUUACGUCUUCACCCACGUGCUCUACUACAUAUACACCAACCACACUGAGGUGCCACCUGAGGUGGCCUGUGACGUGCUGAGCGUGGCUGACAUGUACCUGUUGCCGGGCCUGAAACGACUGUGUGGCCGCAGUCUGGCCCAGCUGCUGGAUGAAGACAGCGUGGUAGGCUUGUGGCGUGUGGCGAAGCUGUUCCGCCUGGCACGCCUUGAGGACCAGUGCACUGAGUACAUGGCCAAGGUUAUCGAGAAGCUGGUGGAGCGGGAGGACUUCUCGGAAGCCGUGAAGGAGGAAGCAGCAUCUGUGGCAGCCCGGCAGGAGCAGGACUCCAUCCCACUGGUAGAUGACAUCCGCUUCCACAUGACCAGCAGGGCGCAGACCUAUAGCAACAUUGAGGAGAUGGAGCGGCGGCUACAUGCACUCGAGAAUCUGCUGGUGUCCAUUGGCCUUGACUGUUGACCAGACACUGGGCCAGGGGCUCCCUAUGAACUGCACAUAUGGUUUGGUCAACCAUGUGCUUCAUCAUGUGCUCCUUGCACCCCACAGGGCAUCAUGGUGGGUAGGAGAGGCUCAUUGGGGCUCCCUAUCCUGUUGUGCUUGGAGGCCCCAGGGAGGGUCACGUAGGGAUGAGUUUUCCUCCCCCAGUGCACAAACCAGCCCCCAAGGCCUUGGGGCUGGGCACCACUCAGGGAAACCUGGGGUGGGAUCACUUAGCCUCCUUUCCUAGGACCCCCUCCCACCCCGCUCUGGCUCUCCCUGGCUGCUUGCUUCUUAAAACCAAGCCACCUUCUCAUAGGUACAGAGAUGGCCAGGGGAGGGAGCAGGAGAGUCUAUGUGGCAAUAAAGCUUGACUUCACUGGGAACCUGAGUGCCCAGGAGUGGCAUGGGGAU